AUGAUGUCCUGGCGGCGGAGGCCGGGGCCCGGCCUGACAAAGCUGUGGGGCUUGUGCUGCCUGGUGCUGGGCUGCUGGCGGGGUGCGCUGGGCUGCCCCGCGUCCUGCCGCUGCAGCUCCUGGCGGAUCUGGUGCGCGGAGCCGGUGCCGGGCAUUGCCUCCUUUCCCGUGCCGCAGCGGAGCAACGAGGGCGACAAUGUCACGGAGAUUUAUAUCGCAAAUCAGCGAAAAUUAGAAAGUAUCAAUGAUAAUGAAGUUGGAUUUUAUGUUGGACUUAAAAACCUGACUGUGGUGGAUUCAGGCUUGAGAUUUGUGUCCCGUCAUGCAUUUGUGAAAAACGUCAAUCUACAAUACAUCAAUUUAUCCAGAAACAAACUCUCAAGUUUGUCCAAGAAGCCUUUUCGCCAUCUGGGUUUGUCUGAUCUGAUAUUGGUGGACAAUCCGUUCAAGUGUUCCUGUGAAAUUAUGUGGAUCAAGAAAUUUCAAGAGACCAAGUUUUACACAGAAACUCAGGAUUUAUAUUGCAUAGAUGACAACAACAAGCGGACAGCAUUGCUGGAUAUGAAGGUCCCCAAUUGCGACUUGCCCUCAGCAAACUUAAGCAAUUACAACAUCACCGUUGUGGAAGGAAAGAGUGUCACAUUGUACUGUGAUACUACUGGUGGGCCAACCCCUAAUGUGUCCUGGGUGCUCACCAAUCUUGUUUCGAACCAUGAGAGUGACACAAGUAAGAACCCUGCCUCGCUAACCAUAAAGAAUGUUUCAUCCAUGGACAGCGGACUGUGGAUUUCCUGUGUAGCGGAGAACAUUGUGGGAGAGGACCAAGCCUCUGCGGAGCUCACGGUAUUCUUUGCGCCAAAUAUCACGUUUAUUGAAUCUCCAACCCCGGACCACCACUGGUGUAUUCCAUUCACUGUGAAAGGAAAUCCUAAGCCCACACUACAGUGGUUCUAUGAAGGGGCUAUACUGAAUGAGUCUGAAUACAUCUGUACUAAAAUACAUGUUAUCAAUCAAAGUGAAUACCAUGGCUGCCUUCAGCUGGACAAUCCUACCCACCUGAAUAAUGGUGCUUAUACCUUACUGGCAAAGAAUGAGUAUGGAGAGGAUGAAAAACGGGUUGAUGCACAUUUCAUGUCAGUGCCUGGAGAUGGUGAAAAACCAAGUGUAGUUGAUGUAGUUUAUAAAUAUGAAACCACGCCUAAUGAUCUUGGAGACACCACAAAUAACAGUAAUCAAAUAACUUCUACAGAUGUUUCCAACAAAGAGAAUGAAGAUAGCAUCACUGUGUAUGUUGUGGUGGGAAUUGCAGCACUGGUGUGCACUGGCUUAGUAAUAAUGCUCGUUAUUCUGAAAUUCGGAAGACACUCUAAGUUUGGGAUGAAAGGUCCUUCUUCAGUUAUCAGCAAUGAUGACGAUUCAGCAAGUCCCCUCCACCACAUCUCAAAUGGCAGUAACACUCCAUCUUCUUCUGAGGGCGGUCCUGAUGCAGUCAUCAUUGGGAUGACAAAGAUUCCUGUCAUUGAAAAUCCUCAGUAUUUUGGCAUUACCAACAGUCAGCUCAAGCCAGACACCUUUGUGCAGCACAUAAAACGCCACAAUAUUGUUCUUAAAAGAGAACUGGGAGAAGGAGCCUUUGGCAAAGUCUUUCUGGCGGAAUGCUAUAACCUAUGUCCCGAGCAGGACAAGAUCUUGGUUGCAGUGAAGACGCUGAAGGAUGCCAGUGACAAUGCCCGCAAGGAUUUCCACCGUGAGGCAGAGCUGCUAACUAACCUGCAACAUGAGCACAUUGUCAAGUUCUAUGGUGUCUGUGUCGAGGGUGAUCCACUCAUCAUGGUCUUUGAGUAUAUGAAGCAUGGAGAUCUUAACAAAUUCCUCAGGGCACAUGGACCAGAUGCAGUACUGAUGGCAGAAGCCAACCGUCCUGCUGAGCUGACCCAGUCCCAGAUGCUUCAUAUUGCCCAGCAGAUUGCAUCUGGUAUGGUUUACCUGGCAUCACAGCACUUUGUGCAUCGGGAUCUUGCUACCCGGAAUUGUCUAGUUGGUGAGAAUCUGCUGGUGAAGAUUGGGGAUUUUGGGAUGUCUAGAGAUGUUUACAGCACGGACUACUACAGGGUUGGGGGUCACACCAUGCUUCCGAUCCGUUGGAUGCCUCCAGAGAGUAUCAUGUACAGGAAGUUCACUACAGAAAGUGAUGUCUGGAGCCUGGGGGUUGUGUUAUGGGAAAUCUUUACCUAUGGCAAACAGCCAUGGUAUCAGCUCUCAAACAACGAGGUGAUUGAGUGCAUCACUCAGGGCCGAGUCCUGCAGCGACCUCGCACGUGCCCCAAGGAAGUGUAUGACUUGAUGUUGGGCUGUUGGCAACGGGAGCCUCAUAUGAGGCUUAACAUCAAAGAAAUCCAUUCCCUCCUCCAGAACUUGGCCAAGCAAUCUCCAGUCUACUUGGAUAUUUUAGGCUAA